AUGCUCGUGGCACUCGAUCCAAAAGAAAACCUACUCAAGGCGACCGAGGUAGCUGCAAAACUGAUCAAGGUGGUCGUGGAGGAGAUAGAGGCGGUGGCAGUGUUAUUCGAAGAGGAAAUUGAUUGGAACAUCUUAUGCUUAGAGAAAUCGGCCUUCAAGACGGAAGCGGUUGAAGAAUUCUUCAACACCGCAACUCUAUCCGACAACAAAAUCACCGCGACAGUCAGCGGUACCGAAUUCGAGCUAACCGAGGAAUCGGUUGUAGAAAGCUUACGCCUUCCAACAGUCGGCCAAGACGCACAAUUGAAUUUAGAACUAAAAACGUUCGAGGCAGCAUGCCAGAUCCUCUCAGCAACCAAAGAAGAACCGGUGAAGGUGUCCAGUAAGAAAGCGACGCUUCGACUAGAGUACAUACCGCUUUGUGACAUCUUCACAAAGUCGGUUCAGGCAAGAGGAGGCAAUUACAACAGUCUUACCAAGGCCAAGAUCGAAAUGCUGGUCGGUCUGAUACAAGGAAGCAGCCGGCCCCCGGCUCCACAGGUGGCCGAAAGAAGAAAAUCCGCCAAGAAAGCGGCCCCGGCAAAAGAAAAGACCGGAAACAAGGGCAAAGAGAAGAUAGUAUUCUUAGAACCGCCAUCACAAACAAGGGAUGAGGACGAAUCGGCUUCCUCGUCUGAACGAACCGACUCACAAAAAACCGAUGAAGAAAGAUCGAAUGAAGAAGAGCAUUCGAGAACAAGUUCCGAUAAUACCGGCGCGGGCGCAAAUAUUGAGAACGCCGAGGCCAGUGAAGAAGGCAGUGCAGAGGAGGAGGAGGACGACCAGAAGAAGGCCGAUUUUAUAGCGAGCCGGAUCUUGGAGGACAUUGAACGGCGAGCUGAAGCGGUCGGCGAAUUAUACCGGGAAUGGCACGAGUACCGAUUCGACAGACUUUACAAACACAUGUUACCGGGCCUAACCGACGAAGAGUGUUUCCGAAGGCUGAAGGAAAUUGAGGAAACAGUCAUGAGCCUCACCAACGCCGAAACUAUUCACGAAGCCUUGGGCCGAACCACAAUCAUAAGACCGCGAGCCCGGCUACAGAAGUUAACCGUACGGAUCCGGAAGAUUAAGGAAAGGUACGUCGAGGGAUCACCGGAGGCUAACUUACAGCUCUUGGUGUUAGAAAAACUUGAGGCAGCGAAAGGAGACUUAGCAGAAGAAAUUGAUCGACUUGAGGCGGCGGUCGGACAGCGAGGAAAACAACACUCUCUAGCUUCUGAGACCGAUCAUGGUGCAACUCCUCCUCGGGCGGAUCCGGUGAUAAACGAAGCCGAUGAAAGGACGGAGACUCCUAUAACCGCGCAACUUGACGCUGAACAACAUGGGGUCUCUGAACCGGGCGUCACAAAAGAAUGGGUCAAGAACCUUCUUCAAGAAUUUGCAAACUCAACGGUUCACCCGUUAGAGGAGAAAAUGAAGAGAACCGUGAGCUUGGCACACCGGUUCGCCAACAAGACAAAGCAUGAUCUUGUAAAGGGACAUGACCGGAUCUCACAAAUCGAGGCUGAUUACCGGGACGAAGUGGUGUUGCGCAACAAUCAUCUUCAACGAACCGAGGCCUUGGAAGAUACGACCUCAAGGAUAAAGGAUGACUUGGAUCGGUUAGAAAGGGAAACUGAACAAGGAUUCACAGAGGUAGAUGAGGACCUGGGAUGGAGGGUCACCGAUCUGGAAAACAAGAAUGCGAGUCUUGAAGACCGCAACAACAAGCUUGAGGCCGACCUCAAGGCGCUGACCGCACAAGUGGAUGAAAUAAUCAAGGCCAAGGUGAAUGCGGAUAUAGCGGUUGUGGAGGCAAAUGCCCGAGUGGCUAAGGAAGUCCAGGAUGCGCUGGACGAAGAAGCAAGAAGAGAGAAGGAGCCACCGCAACUCACCGAAGAAGAACGAGCUAAGCGAGAACGAAGGACAAUGGCUAAGUAUCCGGGCCUUGAAGAAUCCGUAGCCGCUCAGCAACGAGAAGAUGUAGAGCGGCUAAAUGCACAAAAACAAGGGCUCGAAGAAUUUGCAACUGCUCAAAAGAAGAAGAAAACAGCGGCUCCUUCCUCUUCGGUUCCGGCGAAACGGAAAAGGAAAUCAUCAAAGAAGGCUCAAGUAGCCGGGCUGCUGGAUUCACUCACUGAAUCGGUUAUUGAAAGUCAACCGGACCAGGCUACUCACACCGAAGAUGAAGAUGAAGAGCACUUGGAGCGGCGGCCUACAAGACAGCGAGUCUCAAGACCAGAUAAGAAAAAGCGGACCAAGGAUAUGAUGGCCGCCUUCAACUUCUCGGACUCAGAAUAG